AUGGCCGGUCUUCUGAAUGAAAUUUGCUUUACAAAGGGGGGUUGGUCGACAGUAAGCGAAUCUGUGAGAUUGACCAAGAAUAGGAAUCGACUGGAUAGAAAGGGUGUCAAGAAUCGUCUCGAGUACGUCGCAUUCAACAAAACCAGAAAAUGUAUCUAG